GGCUGACCUUGCGAUUAUCAUUGAAAGUAGGGUCUUUUGUGCAAAUAGUCUAAAACUCAAAACUGGUUUUGGAUAAUGCGAAACUAAAAUUAAAGAACGAGAGGUUACUUUGAAACGAGCCCUCUUCUUCUUCUUCAUGAUCAAAUAAGAUGAUGAACACACUUCAAGCAUUUCAAACAACUUUAACGCCAAACUUUCAUAUUCUUUUCAAUGCAUCAAGACAUUCCAUUCGCAGAACCCAAUUUAUCUGUCUCUCGAAAUCCGGAGAUGGAACUUCGGAAUCAGAUCCCGAGUCUUCAAAACCCGAAGGCGAUACUCGGAGACAAGAACUCUUAGCCAGGAUCGCCAUGCUUCAGACAUCCAAGGUCCGUCUAACGGAUUUCUUGGACGAACGAUCAGAUUAUCUCACCAAGUUUGCUGAAGAAGCUAACGCGGAGUUUGACAAGGUUGGAGAAGACGCCAUGAAAGACCUUGACGAAGCGAGCUCAAGGAUACUGGAGAAUAUAGAGAGCAAGAUGCAAGCUUUUGAGGAAUCUGCGGGAUUGAACAGAUUGGAGAUAGAGGAGAAUGAUAACAAGUUGGCUGAGUUUGAGGAGAAGAUUGUGGUGGACAGGAAUGAAGGAUUGUUCUUCAAGAGCUUACGUGACAAAAAGCCUGUGGAUGCAGAGAAAGCUAAAGAGGAGACUGAGAAAAUACAAGAGGUCACCAAAGAUAGUGCAGGAUCAAAGGCAAGAAGGAACAUCUACCUCGGGCUAAUUGGGAUCGUGGUUCUCGCAAUUGCUGAUUCCUUCGUUUCUUCACCGGAUUGGAGAAAAGUCGCUAUUCUGGGAGCCAUUCUUAUCCCGUUGCUCACUCAGUUCGUCUAUGAGCAGACAUUGUUAUCAGAAGAAGCAGAUAAGGGUAAAGGAAACAGGAAGAAGGAAUGAAUGAGACACGCAGAGAAUUGGAAUACUAUGACUUGAUGACAUAGAGCCCAAGUGGGAAACUCAUCACUUUUGGUUUGAUUACAUUACAUCAAGCUACAGUUUUUCUUUUGCAUCAUCUAGUAUCAGGAUCUAAUGAUGUCUACUCAAAUGAUUAAAACCAAUGUGUCACCCAAAUGCUUGUGAUGUAUGUAUAAUCCACUAUAUAUGCUAGUUUCAUCACCUGAGCUAACUUGAUUCUUGUCGACUCACUGCGAUUUAUCUCCUGUCACUUCCAAGCACCGAUACAUCACACUUCGACCUCCAAAACCGAAAGCAUUCCACAGUGAAUUACGGAGGAGUAAUAUACCUUUUUGUCACAGAAAGCUAGCUGAGCCGGCCCAGUGAUCAAAUCCAGGGUUACACAGCAACAGAGUUAAGCUUUUCCUUUAAAACAUUCAUCACGUUACCGAUUCACGACAGCUCGAACAAGUAUGUUCCAGGUGACAACAGUUGGAAAAAUGCCAUGGUUUCUAGCAUCAUCAAAGAAUUCGAUAGCAUAAGACACUCUUCUGCACAUACACAACCCUUUCAGUAUGAUAUUGUAGGAUAUUAUAUCAGGCUGCAACCCCAUCUUGUACAUGUAACCCAAAAUCACUGUCGCUCUGUUGCUGUCUCCAACUUUGAAGAAUCCUUCCAUCAAGGUGUUGUAGGUGACGAGGCUUGCAACGCAAUUCCGAUGCUUCAUGUUCGCCACUACAUUCAUUGCAUCAUCGAGUUUCCCAACGGAGCACAGGCCAUGAAUUAGAAUGUUAUGCAUCCUCACAUCGGGUUCUAGACCUGAUUGAAGAGAUUGGUGCCACAGUGCAAGGGCUAAUUCCAUCUUCCUGUCUUUACAAAGACCGUCCAAAAGUGAACUAUAAGUUCUCAGAUCUGGUUUCAACCCGUUUUCAAGCAUUUCCUUCACAACAGCUGAUGCUUCCCCAAACUUUCCUGCUUUACACAAACCGUCAAUAAGAAUGUUGUAAGAAACAACACUCGGCCAACAACCGUUCUUCCCCAUCUCUCUAAGGAAAAAUGAGGCGUCACCAAGUCUCGAGUCUCGGAUUAAACCACCCAUUAAUGCGUUACAGACAUGAGAAUUCACCUCCACGCCAUGCUUACUAAUCUCUGUUACCAAAUUCGAUGCUUCUUCUAGUCUUCCCUCUUUGCACAAACAGUCUAUAAUUGACGAAUACGCAUAAACAUCAAGAUGCUCACCUCCGCUCUCAACCUCUUUCAUUACUGCCAAGGCUUUAUUUACGUAACCAUUCACGCAUAACCCAUGAAUAAAAACACCAUAUGUUGUGCUGUCAGCUGCGUAGCCUUUCGCAGGCAUAAGCUUCCAAAUCAUUGUUGCUUCGUCGAUCUUCCCAUACUCCAACAACCCUUUUAUCAAAAUGUUAUAACUCACUAUGUUAACUGAAUUCUUCUUCUCCAUGGUUCUCCAUAGCUCCAAACUCUUCUUAAUUUCCCCACAACGGCAAAAACCAUCAAGCAUAGUAUUGUAUGUAACCACAUCGAUAGAGGCCUUACUUUCGACCAACUCUUUAAACACAGUUUCCGCCUUAUCAACACUUCCCACACCACACAGCCCAUGUAUCAUACUGCUAUAUGUAAAUAAAUCUUUUUCUCGCUCAUUCUGUUUCAUUCUGUCCCAUAUCUUCAAGCAAUCAUCUAUUCUUCCGCACUUGCUCAAACCACUAAUCAUGAUGUUGUGAGUCUUGACAUUCGGAUAAACAGACGAGUCCUCCAACAGUGAUUCCCACAGUUCCAUAGCCAUCUUGUGAUCCCUUUUCUUAAGAGACCCAUCAAUCAAUAUAUUAUAGCAGGUAACAUCAGCCGCCACUCCUCUCUCAGACAUUUCAUCGAACAGUUUCAAUGCAUCACCCAAGUUCCCAGCUUUAGCAAGAUCGUUGAUCACAGUGCUGUAGCUAUACACAUCCGGCUUCAAACCUUCUCUCCACAUCCAAUCCAGAAGGUCUUUUGCUUUCUCGAACUGCUUCUUCUUGCAUGGCAUCUUGAUCAAAACAUUAUACGUCUGCAGAUUUGGCGCCAAACCCUCUGUUUUGAUGUAGGCAAACAAGGACUCGACUUUAGGCCAUUGCUCCGCCUCCACGAACGCACUGAGCAGAGAGUUAUACGACCGAAUCCCAGGCUCGCACCCGAAAAUCUCCCGCAUUCGCUGGAAAACAUCCAGAGCUCGAUCGGGCAUUGAGUUCUUUCCGUAUGUUUUGAUAACCGAUAAAGCGACAUCUUCGUCGCACUUGCAUUCCUGUGACCGAAUGAGCUCGACGACCCGACCCACGUGGGUAACCAUCCGCGCCUCCGCGAGACGUCGGAGGAUAUGGUGGAAGACGACGGCGGAGUGUGCAUAGCCUGGAUGGCGAGUCGCCGAGUCGAAUAGAGCAAACGCCUCACGCGGGUUCUUCUCCGAUUUCAAAAGCUUGAGGACGUGUUUCGGAGACAGCGAUUUUGGGAAAACGACCAUGGGAGAGUUUUCGGUGACCGUUAAGUCUUUAUUUCUCCGGCAUGGUUUGGUUUCUAGCAGCUGAUCUCGUUGGCCAGAUCAGAGUAAUCAAACUUCUUACUAGUAUUCCAAUUCGCCGGCGAAGCUGAGAGGACGAAAGAAAUGGAGGAGUCAGAAGAUUAUGCAAGACAUUUUUAUCAGCCUGCCUGUGCUUGGAGUCAGACCUGAGAAUUUAAUUAGCAGUGACAAAAAAU